ACAUCGGUCCGGAGGUCAUGAAAUAAUAAAGUUAUUAUGUUUGACUAAAGCACCGUGCAAUAUGUACAAAAAGAACUUGGAAAUCUGAUACGAAAUUCGUCUGGAUCCUUAAGUCGGAACAGGAAAAUUUGAAUGCCGUUCGUAAUUUCUCUACUUUACGCAGCAAUUAGUGUGUUGUUGGUGUUGAAUUUCAUUAUUGUUGACGCAGACCGUUAACGGUAGGCAAGUCUAUUCUGAACCUGCCGUGGAACGCGCGUUGUUCGGGCUUUCGUGUUCCUUUUCGAUACCUAUUUAACGCACGCGUCGAUCUGUAUGUGCCUCCUAUAAGCAUGCUACAAAAAAAGCAACCAUCAACGGCGACAUAUGGGAAUGGUGUUUUGUCAACUGUUGCUUUGGUGCUGAUGGUUCUGGUGUUAUUGUUGCUGUGCGGUGGUUUCGCAAGUCCCGGUUGGGUCUUCCUUCGUGGCCCUGCUAACAUAAAUAGUCAUCGAGGACUUUGGUACGUGGUCGGGUGCAGCGAUAAGUGCGAAACUGUUGGAGUGAACAACUGGUCUCAAGCCGACAAAGAUAACUGGCUGGACAACCAGAUCGAGAGCAGUGUCGCGGUGGGCCUGGCAGUGUUGGUAUUCGUCUUGUUGAUAUGGCAACGCGGGUCAUCCACUCUCAACACGAGGUUUGCGCUCGGCUGCGUCGCCAUCCCCCUAUGUUUUGCGUCGGCCGUUUUAGCCUUGAUCCCAGUAGGUCAAAAAGGCAACCUCAACCGAAAAUACGCCGAUAGCUCCCACGACGUCGUUAAAUUCCCUUACUCCUUGUUCAUCUUCGGGCUCGGGGCAGUGUUUAUAUUCGUCGUAGCGUUGAUUCUCCUCUGGGACAUAAUUCGGUUCCGGUCGUAUCAAGCGCGAAAAGAUAAGAAGGCGCUCUUGGCGUCGAUGAACGGGAACUCACCAUCGCGAAAACAGAAGACCCAAGUUUUGACUGAGCCCCAUCAGGUCAAAUCUUCGCAGCCGGUCUAUUACGGAAACACCAACGACGCCGUCUACGUGGCAUCAAAGUCACCUACCGUGUUUACCGUGCCAGGCGUACACUAUACGUACACCAACGCCCAAGUCAAACCUUUGCGUACUUCGCAGAUGGUGACUCGGUCCGUAAACGAGAAGUCCCAAACUCUUGGUCACCAGUCACCAGCCACCACGACCUACGUUACCAGGACGACGACUCUUAAACGAGAACAACACCAACAACAAAGAGAGGCGCCCUCAGCCUUCGAAUACCUCAUUGUGAAUCAGCAACAGCAACCAGCCACCACGACCUACGUAACCAGGGCGACGACCCUUGAACGAGAAAAUCAACAACAACAACAACAAAGAGAAACGUCACCAACCUUUGAAUACCGCGUAGUAAAUCAGCAACAGCAACCAGUCAUCACGACGUCAACGACGUCAUUUCGUGAUUCACGUGACGUACAGCAGCUACGUAUGUCUUCCCCGUCGGUAAAACGUCACACGACCAUAACGACACGGCCAAUGAGCGCGACCGUGCGCGCUGUUCCGACGUACUACAAACAGUACAUCGAGGCGGAGAGGGUCGUACGACCCCAGAGCCAGCGAUCACGGCCCCGAUCGCAGAAGCGCACAGGUAGCUACUACACGUCAAAGCAUUACGUCUCGCUCGGUGCUUUAUAAAGAUGCGAGUUGUCGUAAAUUGUGUGCAAGUCUUGGUUUAACUCUUUAGAAAUCAACACAUUUUUUAUACUAGUAUCUUGACAUUCUAGACAUCCGAUUUUAUUACGUGGACGCAAUGUGUAGUUGUUGAAAGCUGACACGAUUGCCUUCGUAUAUUUGCAGUUUUUUAUGACUGCGGCAGUCAAGAACCUAAAGAUUAAUUGCUUUUUCACCCACUACUACAACUACCUACGUUUAAAAAGGUGUCCUUUCCGACUAACGCUUGUGUCUUUGAAUGAAAAAUAUGGUUUUGUAGCUAUGUACUACCAAUUUUAUAAAAUUUCGUCAAAAAUAAUGUUAAUAGCAGAAACGUAUAUUGCCUACAACAGUGUUACAUUCGGGUAAUUUCAAAUACUUGUGUUGUUCCUGUUACAGAGGGGGUAAUAACUUUAAAGUCAAGAUGGCGACGUUCAUGCCGAGGCGGGUAUUUUUCGCCGUUUUAUACCCUUUAUCAUUUGUAUUUAUUGCUGAAAUGUCGCUCACUUUCCAGCCAUAUCAGCAAGAAAGUUAGUAGCGUUUAUUUUGUGUUGACAUUCACUCUUUAUCUCGACAUUACUCGCUGCGAAAUUUCUUAGCGGGAUGACCUAAUUAAAGCUCAACUAAGAACAUUUGCGGGUAGUAAAGUUGAGAUAUAAAGCGAAUUUUUAAUACGAAAAAAAACGCUAAUCACACGUUUACUGAUAUGGCUGGAAAGUGAGCGUCAUUUACAAAUUAAACAAACUUAAUAAAGGUUAUCAAACGGCGGAAAAUAACUGUCUCGGCAUGGACGUCGCCAUCUUGACUAUCACGUGAUUACCCUCUCUGUGUAAGUGUCAGUAUGUUUCCAAUUACAGUUACAGAAUACACUAUCUGCACGGUCUUUAUGUAUUGGCAUUUUCUUUGUUAAGGGUUUUAUAAUUGUUUAAUCAAAUUAAAUUGGACGGUGCACGUACUUAAGAACAUAAUGCUCACGUACUUUCUAUAAAUAGCAUACCGCUUCAAUAUUGCAAAAGAAAUAUUUAUCGAAACGGAAGUGCACGUACUUCAGAAUAAAAUGCGUGUAUUUAUAAGUAUGGCCCUCAUUGUGAUAGAUCAUAAGUCAAACGCAACUUGUUUAUAUAAAGUAGCCCUCAUUUUAUUCAUCGUAUUGCUUUUCAAUACAUAUUUGUUCAAGCCAGACUAGUGUUUUAUUCCAAGUAUUUUAUUUAUGGCAAUCAUUUGAGAUUAAGCAUUUGAACAAAAAGUAGUUUUUCUUUUUGUAAAUUUGACAUCACGCUACUUGGUGUGUGUUUUGUUUAUUAUUUAGAAAAAUAUUUUCUUUCUAAACGAACAUUUGUGCAAUUAACUUACUUUGUUAGGUGUGUUUGUUUUUAUGUUCUCUAAAACACUUUUAAACUGCCGAUAAUUUUAGUUUGUACUUAUAAGACAUCAUGCUUUUACAGUUUGGUUUAUCGUGUGUUGUUGUUGUGCUAUAUGACGGCUAGUGUAUUUGUUUUGGAAAUCUCUUUUUGCAUUAUGCUGCUUGUUUCUAGUUUAUUUUGUUUUAUUUUUAUUCC